AUGGAUGUCGAUCGGGUACAUCUCCCCGAAGUCAAUCGAACAUCUCCCGUCCCCGGUCGGCAGAUCCCUCCGGAACGAAUUACUGUUUUGCGGGGCCAUGAUUCGGAAGUUUUUAUUUGCGCAUGGAAUCCUCGCAGCGACAUGCUAGCCUCAGGUUCUGGUGAUUCGACUGCACGGAUCUGGAAUCUAGAAGAGCCGUUGACUAAUCCUCCUCAAGUUCCGCAUUUGGUUCUCACUCAUUACGUCAACCGUGAUGGUCAAACCGUUCUGAGUAAUAAGGACGUAACAUCUUUGGAUUGGAAUUCUGAUGGAAGUUUUCUAGCAACUGGUUCCUACGACGGGUAUGCGCGUGUAUGGCACACUGAUGGCCGAAUAGCGAUGACUCUUGGCCAACACAAAGGACCCAUAUUUGCACUGAAGUGGAAUCGAAAAGGCAACUACAUUCUUACUGCUGGAGUGGACAAGACGACGAUCAUCUGGGAGUCCCAAACUGGUCGCAUCGCUCAGCAGUUUUCCUUCCACACAGCUCCAACUCUGGACGUGGACUGGCAGUCCCUGACGGGUUUCGCUUCCUGUUCUACAGACACGAACAUCCAUGUCUGCGAACUUGGUCGAUCAACCCCGGUGAAAACAUUCCAAGGACAUGAGAAUGAAGUGAAUGCUAUCAAAUGGGAUCCUAACGGGCGUCUUCUGGCAUCCUGCUCAGACGACCGUACUCUGAAGGUGUGGGAUAUGCAUCAUGAUAACUGUGUGCAUGACCUGAAAGGACACACGAAAGAAAUCUACACUAUCAAAUGGAGUCCUACUGGGCCCGGAACUGCGUUCCCGAAUGCUCCAUUAUGCAUAGCCAGCGCCAGCUUCGAUUCAACCGUACGCUUAUGGGACGUAGAAACUGGAAAAUGUCAAAGAAUCCUAUCGAAACACAGUGAACCGGUAUAUAGUGUGGCGUUCAGUCCAGAUGGUCAGCUCUUAGCUACAGGAUCUUUUGAUCAGUGCGUGCAUAUCUGGAAUGUUGCCGUAAGUUUUCGUAUGGUCGCAGGUCGUCUCUUCUACUUCAUCUCAACGCUUGAUUGCCACUGUAUACAAUUUGUUGAUACGGGCACUCUAAUCAACAGUUAUCAGGGGACCGGAGGCAUUUUCGAAGUGUGUUGGAACUCACGUGGAGAUAAGGUCGGAGCCAGUGCUUCAGAUGGUUCGGUAAGUUUGCGAAAUAUACACAGUUUUUGGAUCCAAUAA